AUGACCGAACAAUUUGAGCUGCUCAUCGAUGAACUUAUCAAAGAAAACAAGCAAGGAGUUAAAUCACCGAAACACUCUCCGGAACAAAUUUCGUCAGAUUCCAAAUCUGAAGUAUUGCCAGCGAGCAAUUCGCCGCAACCGUUACCUAAAAAGCGCUCAGCACCAUUGUCAGCAAAUUCUAAGCCUCCGCCCACGAAACGUCUCAAAUCUGUGACAACAAAAGAUGAUGACGAAAGUCUUAAGAAAAAGAAAAGUCAACCUGAAGAAAAAGUGAUUACGAGUACUAAAGAUGAUGAUAUAUACGAUGAUGAAAAUAGUAGUGAUGAAAGCAAAUCGAAACCAUCAGAAUCUCAAUCAAAUCCAUCUACAUCAGCAACUCGAGAUAUGGAUGAGUUUGCUAUCGAACUAGGUCUUGUUUGUAAUAAAUGCAUGGUAUUAACUGAAGAGAAAGAUAACCGUUUAGUCGAAUGUCAUGAAUGCCAAGCGAAGUAUCAUCAAAAGUGUCAUAAACCUCCAGUUAGUACUGCUGAUAUUAGUGAUCCUCGAUGCCUAUGGUAUUGCUCGAAAUGUCGGAAAAUGAUCAAUAAGAGACAACAAUCCCAAACAUCCAUAAAAGAGACCAAAACAAAUAGUAAUCCAUCUGUAUCAAAUAUAAAAUCCAAACCGGCCGAGUCAACGCUAUCUACUGGUAAAAAAGGUUUAUCAACGUCAAUUGCAGAUGUCACAAGUUCAUUUUUUUCCUUCAAACCAAAAUCAUCCGAAUCUAUUACAUCAGAUAGUUCAGCAAAUAAUCACUCAACCGCGUCCAAUUCGACUUCGUCAGUAACGAAUGGCACAACUCCAAAAAACGCCAACGGAUGGGCAUCGUUAGCCACUGGGUUUAAAGAAAAAAAGAGUACACCAGAAUCGAGUACUAGUCCAUUGUCCACAUCAGCAAUUCUUGCCGAUUUAAAUGCAUUAACUUCAUCCACUAAUAGUAAUAAUAUUAAACGUUCACCUCCAUCACCCAAACCUACGAGUACAACUUCAUUGAAUCCUCUGUUGAAACAGCCAAGCAAUGGUAAUACCAGUUCAUUAACAUCGAACAACACAACUGGAUCGAUAAAACCUACAAAUUCAUCACUAAAACCCAGUGUACCAUCAUCUCCGCCUGUACUAAAACCUCAAUUAUCAUCUUCAAAGUCCACGCAAAAGUUGCUACCGGCAAACAAACCUCUACAACGAAUUAGUUCACCGACGCCCAUCGGUCGACCAACUUCGCUACUAAAAUCGCCUCCUUCGACAACCCCUCCAGCUCUCAAUCGUUUGAAUAGUUCAGGCAGUAAUAGUUCAGGAAGUAAUUCUCCCUCGUCAACUAGUGCCAAUGCCAAACGAGCAACUGGCUUGGAUUAUGAAAAACGUUUGAAACUAAUGAAGAAAAGAGCAGCGGAAAAGAGUCUGACUAAAAAAUUUUGA